GCCGGGCUCCGGGCGCCGGGGCUCGGACGGGGCGCGCGCAUGGCCCGGCCCCCGCCACCCGCGCUUGCGCUGCCGCUGCUGCUCCUCCUGCUCCUAGCGGGCGCGGUCGGGUGCGAGGAGCCGGCCGCGACCGCCGACUGGAGGGCCACGCUGAAGACCAUCCGCAACGGCGUGCACAAGAUCGACACGUACCUGAACGCCGCGCUGGACCUGCUGGGCGGCGAGGACGGGCUGUGCCGGUACCGGUGCCGCGACGGAUCGAAGCCUUUUCCACGCUAUGGAUACAAACCCUCCCCACCGAAUGGGUGUGGUUCUCCGCUGUUCGGUGUCCAGCUCAACGUCGGGAUCCCCUCCCUGACCAAGUGCUGCAACCAGCAUGAUCGGUGCUACGAGACCUGUGGGCAGAGCAAGAACGCCUGUGACGAAGAGUUCCACCACUGCCUCUCCAAGAUCUGCCGGGACGUCCAGAAGACCCUGGGCUUGGCUCAGAACGUGCAGGCCUGCCAGUCGGUGGUGGAGCUCCUGUUCGACAGUGUCAUCCAUCUGGGCUGCAAGCCAUACCUGGACAGCCAGCGAGCUGCCUGCAGGUGUCGCUACGAGAAGACUGAUCUCUGAGGAGGUCCGACACUCAGAGAUGGCCAGGAUGGAGAAUUUAACCUUUGCCAAAGAACUGAUGUUCUCACAGCAUAAAGCUGCCUGAUUCUGGUAAAAAGGGUCAUUGAAGACCUAACAGGAUGAUGUUCUGAUGUUAAAACCUCUAAGUAAAAAACACACACAAAACAGCUGGGUGUGGUGACACACACCUGUAAUCCUAGCACUGGGAGGCCGAGGCAGGAGGAUCGCCAGGAGUUCAAGGCCAGUCUGGGCUGUAGGGAGACCCUGUUUCAAAAAAAAAAAACGGUUAAGGCAGUGGAGAGGAGGGUGUGGCUGCCUCUUCAGGUGCCUUUCUGGAUGUUGCUGCCUUGGUGGCCCUAAUUGUCUUGACCAGUGUCAAAAACAGAAAUGUGCUAGGGAAGACAUUGUGAAGAGAAGAGUGUGUAGCUCUGUCAGAAAAGUACGUAUAUAUUUUAAAAUGUGAUCAAAUAUAUCCGUUCACUGUAAGGUCUAUUCAACAUUAUCUUAUUUGGAAAUAAGGGGAAAUUUUCAUUUAUAAGUACUAUUUGUUUACUAUAAAAUUUUCAAUAAACUUUUAUGCCUGGAAGGAACCGACUU